AUGUCUGACGACGAGUAUACAGAAAACUCCAGGCUUCUUCAUAGCAGAAGAACGUCUCUUCUUGACCAACCAGUUGGUCUGUUUCGGGGACCCAACUCGUUACACAACUUUGCAUCGUCUUUCACCAGGGCCCAGUCUUUUGCUGCUAAUAAGAUCGAUGCAAACAUUACAAAGAAAAGGUCUUUCUUUGCUGGACCAGAUGAUGACGCUUCAGAUAUUGGGGUUGAAGAUGAUGAGCUCUUUGAUCCAGAUCUUAUGGCUCCCUCAUCGAGAGGUGAACGUUUGAGUACGGUUCUUCACGAGUAUAACUUUUUACGUGGACCUAACGCCCUUGGGGCAUCAGGACCUUCUCCAUACAACGAGGUGUUCUAUCAAGAUGAUAUUAGUAACAUCCUUCACGCAUCGAGAUCUCGCCAUGGAUCUGUCUCUCAUCCUAGCAUGGUCCCCAUAUCUAAGCAAAGAAGUCACCCGGCUCUUUCUUUUUCGUCCCACAGACUGACAAAGUCGUGGGCUACUUCUGCAUCGUACUUUGGCAUUAAGAAGGUUGAGGAUAAGGACGGUAACCUCGUCACUGUCAUUGCAGGUCAAUCCACCGCUCCUCAGACUGUUAUGAACUCAGUGAAUGUUCUUAUCGGGGUAGGCUUGUUGGCAUUACCUGUGGGUUUCUUGAAAGGCGGUUGGGUUUUAGCUUUACCUGCGUUGUUGCUUUGCUGUGCAGCUACGUGCUGGACUGCUUCCUUACUCUCAGAAGCUAUGGAUACCGACCAGACUUUGAUGACUUACGCAGACCUUGGGUACGCUUCCUACGGUUCUACUGCAAAACUCUUGAUCUCCUUCAUUUUCUCAUUGGACCUACUUGGAAGCGGCGUUUCGCUCAUUUUACUCUUCAGUGACUCUUUAUACUCCCUCUUGGGGAGUGAAACCGGUGGAUGGUCCAAAACUGACUUCAAAAUAUUGGCAUUGUUUGUACUCACACCAUUUACUUUUAUGCCAUUGCCAAUCUUAUCAAUCUUCCUGUUGUUUGGCAUCAUGUCAACGUUUUCCAUCAUUAUUCUAGUUGGAGUAUGCGGGUUCAUAAAGAGCGCUUCGCCUGGGUCUUUACUUCAGAUUAUGCCAACUAACUUGUGGCCUGCCUCUGUUGCAGAUAUCUUCUUAGCGAUUGGAAUUAUAAUGGCCCCCUUUGGUGGUCAUGCUAUCUUUCCGAAUUUGAAAUCUGAUAUGAGACAUCCUCAAAAGUUCAAGAAAACUUUGCUAACCACCUACAGCAUUACAUGUGUUGCCGACUGUUCAAUGGCAGUGAUAGGUUUCUUGAUGUUUGGCAAACUAUGCAACAAUGAAGUGACAAGCAAUCUUCUUGAAACUGCUGGUUACCCUAGUUGGAUCUACCCUCUUAUUAGCGGACUUAUUUGUCUUAUUCCAUUGGCAAAAACUCCACUCAAUGCCAAGCCUAUCAUCUCUACUCUUGAUGGUGUCUUUAACCUUGACAAUGUGACCGAAGGCGAGUCAGCAUUCUGGGCUCUUUUGAGGACUGUCUUAAGGUUUUGCGUGAGAGUUGGUGUCAACGUCGCAUUCGUUGGAUUUGCAAUCCUAGUUCCAGAAUUUGACAGGAUAGUUGGCAUCUUGGGAUCAUCCAUCUGCUUUCUUGUUUGCGUUAUAUUGCCAUGCUCAUUCUACUUGAAGUUAUGCAAGAAUAACAUUCGUGCUACGGAGAGAUUCUUCGUCCGUGGCGUCAUAAUCUUUUCAUCAAUUCUUGCAAUUACGUGCACAUAUUUCACCAUAGUUCAUUGA